AUGGCGCAAGUGCUGCGUAUGGAUCCCGGCUUCCCAGGGAGAGCCGACCCCACCUCUGCUCUGUCCUUCCAUGGGAAGGGUCCGGAGGCACAUUAUUCAGUGGAGACCCCCUACGGCUACCGCCUGGACCUGGACUUUCUCAAAUACGUGGAUGACAUUGAGAAAGGCCACACCAUCAAGCGCAUCCCAGUCCACCGCCGGCCACGCUACAGCUCCCUGCCCCGGGGCUAUGGCUACACUGGCUCUUGGUGGACUUCCACGGAGUCGCUGUGCUCCAAUGCCAGCAUGGACAGUCAGCACUCCUCCUAUUCCUACUGUGGGCGCAGCUUCUACCCUCAGUACAGCCACGCCAUGUCGAGCGGCUUCAAUGCCCGUGUGGAGAAGACCUUGCUGGAUGCCCGGAAGAAGCUGGAAGACCAGGCUGGCUCCGGCGAGGAGGACAGGCCCGGCGGCAGCAGCAGGGCGAGCGGCCUCAGGAACCUGGGCAGCAGCAGCAGCUUAUCCGGAUCCAGCAGCUCCUUGGUGGGAAGCCAAAGCCUGUCCCGCCAGGCUUCUUCCAACGGCACACAGCAAGGCACUGCUGGGCAGUUCACUCCGGUGGGUUCUGGGCUGUCCACCCCCGUCUCCCCGACCCCCGGGCACCUCCAGCACGUGCGGGAGCAGAUGGCCGUGGCCUUGAAGAAGCUGCGCCUGCUGGAGGAGCAGGUGAAGAUGGUGCCGGUGCUCCAGGUGAAGAUCUCCGUGCUGCAGGAGGAGAAGCGGCAGCUCAGCGUCCAGCUCAAAAGCCAGAAGUUCCUGGGCCACCCGGGGGGGCUGGGCAGAGGCAGGUCCAGGGGGGAGCUCUACAUAGACAUUCCGGAGGAAGGGGCGGAGGGCAGCGCAAACAAGAAGGAGGUGAGGUCAGUGGCCGUGGGGAGGUCGGCGGAAGAGCCGGAGGGGGGCAAGUGUGAUGUGGCCGUGGCAGUCAGGGAGGAGGAGCUGGGCUUGCUUCCCCCGGAGGAGGAGCGGCAGAGCCCGGUGGCCACACAGGCCUUGUCAGCCAAGAUUGUGGUGCUGGAGAGGCAGCUGAAGAGGGCCCUCCAAGAGCUCCAGUCUGCCCACCAGAGGAUGGAGCAGCAGGGGGCCAAGGAGGACAAGUGGACAUCCACGGGGAGUGGCCUGAAUGGCCUGCCAGAAGGGGGAGCUCCAGAGCAGCAGGAGGCUGGAGGGUCCCCCCUGAGGCACCCCCAAGAGGUCAGUGUUGAGGUUGUCCAGGUGGGAAGUGAGCCCAGGGUUGCCACGAGCACUGCCACGGGGCUGGACCACAAGGCACACAAGGCACAAAGCUUGGAGACAAAGGAGUCCGGCUCCAGCCUCAGCUCCUUGGCAGGCAAAGAUCUGGGAGCCCAGGAAGCCACGAUGCCGCUCUGCCCCACACAUCACAGCAGAGAGGUGAUGGAGACCACUUUCCCUGUCCACGCCGGCCCUGUGACCACGACGGCCACGUUCCACUCUGUGAAGAAGAUCAGCAUCAUCAGCGCAGAGGAGGAUCGGAUGGGAAGGCUGGGAAGAGGUAGGGGAGAAGUCACAGGAAAGAGCGGCCAUGUCUCCUCCCACACCCAGAAAACCCCCGACUCCCUCGGCAUGGAGCAGGCAGCUCUCGGUCCCUCCCAGCGUGAGCCUCGCUCAGAUGCACCAAGUGAGCAAGAGGACCGAGCUGCAGUCCCAGCAAGGACCCGGCCAGUCACAGAGGUGGAGGAGGUAGACGGCUCCACAGACCUUCCUGGGGGUUGCCAGAAGAACCUGCAGUUGGUGGGAGUCAAUGGCAGGUAUGGCAAAGCCUUGGUGCUGCAGCACCACCCGGGGGAGGCUUUCCGGUCCAUUCCGGACUUCUGGAAGGGAGCUACGGCCUCAGGCUACGUCCAGUACGACUCCUCCUCAGAAGACUCCAGCACGGCAGAGAAUGUCUCAGACAAUGAGAGCACGGAGAGCGAGUACCACGAGGCAAGCGACGGGCUCCUUGCAGUGCAGACCUCUGCGGCUGAACCCCCAACGUCCCCUCGGGCAGCUACAGAGCCAACUCCUCCGGGAGUCCCCACUGAAGGGGAAGGAAGACCAGCGACCAGAAGCAAGGAGCAAUCCGGCAACACUGGGAUGGGCCUCAGCCAGGAGCUGCUCUCAGCCUGUCGAUGCCUGCAGAAGUACCUGGAGAGCCCGGAGGCAUCCACGGAGGAAGCCACGAAACUGGCCUAUACGACCGUGCUUCACUCUUGGCUGAGGCUUUCCUGCCACAAAGAAGCCAGUCCGGACGGGGUGUCCCAGCACUUGGACGCUUUCCGGGCCCUCUCCCCCCAGCUGCUGGAGUUCGUUAUCAACAUGGCGGAUGCCAACGGGAAUACUGCACUCCACUACACCGUCUCACAUUCCAAUUUCCCUGUGGUGGCGGAGCUGCUCAGGACAGGUGUGUGUCACGUGGACCAACAGAACAAAGCGGGUUACACGGCCAUCAUGCUGACGGCACUGGCUGCCACUCGCUCCGAGGGAGACAUGGAGACCAUUCUGCAGCUGCUGCAAAGGGGCAACGUGAAUGCCAAAGCCAGCCAGGCUGGGCAGACGGCCUUGAUGCUGGCGGUCAGCCAUGGGCGGCAGGACAUGGUGCGCGCCCUUCUGGCCAGCGGAGCAGAUGUCAAUGUGCAAGACGAUGACGGCUCCACGGCACUGAUGUGCGCCUGUGAGCACGGCCACACCGAGAUUGUCCGCCUGCUGCUGGCCACUGCGGGCUGUGACGUCACCCUCGCCGACCAGGAUGGCAGCACAGCUCUCUCCAUCGCCCUGGAGGCCGGGCAGAACGACAUCGCCCUCCUGCUCCACGCCCAUCUCAACAAACACACCUCUGCGGGGACUUCGAAGCCUGGAGAUGCCACGGAGAGGGCCCACAAUGCUCAGUAG